AUGCCGACACCUACAGACGCUCCCUUGGCCUUGUUCUGGUCUCCUGGAGCUUGCUCCUUUGUGCCUCACGUUGCAUUAUGUGAAGCUGGAAUCAAAUUUGAUCUAGUUCUUGCUAAGAUCGGACAAAUGACGAAGGAAUUCGAGGAAAUGAACCCAAAGCGCCGCGUGCCAGUUUUAGUUAUGGGCAGUGAAGUCAUUACGGAGAUGGCGGCUGUCCUCACUGCCAUCGCAACCAUUGCACCGGAAGCGCAUAUUCUCGGCAAAACCCCCCUCGAAAAAAUUCGAGUAUAUGAAUGGCUCAAUUAUCUGUCCACUACGGCCCACGGCCAAGCAAUUGCGGAGAUCUGGAGAACCGAGAGGUUCACUAAUAACAAGGAGAUAUACCCUCAACUUCGAGCAAAGGGAUAUGAGACUAUGCGGGAAAUUUUUGCUCACAUCGAGGCCAAAUUCAAGGAAUCCAAUAUUACGGAAUUUGCCGUCGGAAAAUGUUACACCGCUGCAGACGGGUUUCUAAGCGUUUUAUACCUUUGGACGGCUAGAUUCACCGAGGUCACCAUUGACAUUGAUAAUGACUACCCCGUAUACGCAGCUUAUGUCAAGAAGAUGCUCCAAAGAACUGCCUUUAUUGAAGCCAGAAGGAUCCAUAAGCUCUAA